AUGGGUAUUUUCAACAGCCUGUUUAUAGAAGUGCCCUAUGAACACUAUGCUGAAGCACCAGUGGCGGGCCUGCCCAUGCCCUUCAAUGUGAUUAUUAACAUGGUCAGCAUGCUCCUGGGAGUGUACUGGCUAGGAAAAAAUGCCAGUGCCCCAGGAUGCCCUAUAGAGCUGCACAGAGUUCAUUACCUGAAGAAUGUCUUUGCCAGCACAGCCUUGGUCUGUAACCCUGUUCAGUGGCUGUGGGUCUGCAUCCAGACACAGCCCACUGCCAUGCUCAAACAGUGGCUUACUUUGCUCACUUUUGCAUGGCCAGGGGCCUAGUGCUUCUAUGUUGAAUAUCUAUCAAGUUACAACCUUGAGAACAAGAUACAAGAGUUUGAGGUGGCAUUGGAUGCUCAUGUAGUAGCAGCGAUUAGAGCGGCUUUGUACACAUAUAAGCAGAACAGUAAUAUCUCCACAGCCACCUACUUAGCUUUAGGCUUGGUCUCUUUCUUGGGCUUUGAAGUCCUCUACAGUGGAAAUUUUGGUUUCUUUUAA